AGCCCGUGGUUACGUCAGCGCGUCCGCUAGAAGCAGUGACGAGCAGGCAGGAGUCCGGACAUGGCGUACGCAUAUCUCUUCAAAUACAUCAUCAUCGGUGAUACCGGUGUCGGAAAAUCUUGUCUACUAUUACAGUUCACAGACAAGAGGUUCCAGCCUGUUCAUGACCUGACAAUUGGGGUUGAAUUUGGUGCACGAAUGAUUACAAUUGACGGCAAGCAGAUAAAGCUUCAGAUUUGGGACACAGCAGGUCAGGAAUCAUUUCGUUCAAUCACACGUUCAUAUUACAGAGGAGCAGCUGGUGCAUUAUUAGUCUAUGAUAUUACAAGGAGAGACACAUUUAACCAUCUAACAACUUGGCUGGAAGAUGCUCGCCAACAUUCAAAUUCCAAUAUGGUGAUCAUGUUAAUUGCCAACAAAAGUGAUUUGGAAUCAAGGAGAGAAGUAAAGAAAGAAGAGGGAGAAGCAUUUGCCAGGGAACACGGCCUUAUUUUUAUGGAGACCUCAGCAAAGACUGCCUCAAAUGUGGAGGAGGCAUUUAUUAAUACAGCAAAAGAAAUUUAUGAAAAAAUCCAGGAAGGAGUAUUCGACAUAAACAAUGAGGCAAACGGCAUUAAAAUCGGACCACAACAUUCAACGCCUGGAUCACCUGGGUCUCAUAUGGGAGGACAGCAAGCUGGAGGCGGGUGCUGUUGAGCCUCAUCAUUCCAUGCGAAGAGCCUGAAGUGGCUGUUUCUUGUCCAUAGGCUAUUGUACUUUUACCUUCUCUUCUCCUUCUCCAGUUUCAAUGUUCACUUUAAAGAAGAUUUUUGAAAUUGUAUUCAUACUGUAUCAUUUGCUUUUGAUUUAAAGGUUUGAUUGUGGUUGUUAAAUGUUGUCUUGUUCCCCCCCCAAAAAAAAAAAGAAAAACUGAAUUGACACUAAGACGUUUUCAUAGUAUUUUAAAUGGUUUGUGUAGGUAGGAUUCACGGAUCUGUGGUGACCUGUGCAAAGGGACAUAACAUUAAACAAUAAAACCAUUGAUUAUACCCAUUUUCUGUCUACCAAUAUAUAUGCAAGAAGAUUGACAUGGUAUGGUUAACCAGAAGUGAAAUUGUAUUGUAAAACAAAGGCAGUACAGAUCACAGUGAGCGUCCUCACCUUAGAUCAAGUGCUAUUGGUGGAUGACAAGGUGGUAGCUGCUGGGCUAUGGAUCUGCAGAGCCUAGUAUGCUCGGUCAGCCCUUAUUUGAUCACAUAAGGAAAGAUUUGCAGUUCCUCCACAAAAGAUUUCAUGGACCUUUGCUGAAUCACUUUGUCAAUAUCAACUGAUGGCUACCUCAUUGCUAGUGAGGUGCAGCAACCACUUCACCUAUUAAUGGGCGUCACUCCCUUGCUAACCCAGGGCACAGCAGAACCUUACUCGUUAGCAAGAGAACAGCGAUAAAGCUUUUUGUUGGUCUGGCUAGCAAGAGAGCAAAGCCAAAGAAUAAGUCAGGUGUUCUGGUAUUGGCGUCUGGAUCGCUCUUGUGAGGCCUCAUAUUGCAGAGUAAAAUAACGCAAUAUAAUGCAUUUAGCUUGUUACACUCUUUACUGCUAAGAGUCAUUGCCUGUGGGAGCAACUUAUAGUAAAAUAUAUCAACAUGCAACAAAUGUUUAAAAGGCCAUUAGCAUUAAAAUGGUCAUGACACUGUUUUCAUAAAUUCCAGCUUACCACAGCCCAUGGUAUGUGUUGUGGUGCAUUGUACUCUACUGUACAAUGUGUUGGGCUGCCAUUCACAGUGAAGGGCUUUGGAAGGCAUCACACAUAGAGCAGUGGUGUUGUCACAACGCACAAGUGAGAUAAGCCUUAAAGGGCACACAUUGCAGUGAGUAUACAAUUUAGGUCAUUUUUGAUGUGACUGUUGCGUGUUUACAUGCUUGAUGUGCUCCAUUGCCAUUUCCCCUACAGAUGUGUAAAUCCCCCCCCCCCCCCCCGACACCACAGUCAACAACCUUGCUAAAGGACUGCUGAAAUAAAACCAAAUCUUGCAUAAGUCAGCUAGACAGUCUGUUUCUGGUAAGUCUGAGUAAUUGAUAGAUUGCCCUUGAUAGAGGAGAAUAGUUGGGCACAGUAACUGUGCUUUACUAUUGCUCAGGAAGCACGUAAAGUAUAUAAUGGACAAUUAUGACUGCCCUGGUGUAGAUGGAUUUGAGGACAAAGGUUUUUCAAGGUGUUACACAUUGGCAGGUUUACUUUAUUAGUGUAUAUAUGUAUAUACAUAUUUUUGUGUGUAUGUAUAUAUAAUUGUAUUUUUUGACCUAGGUUUUGAAGGAUGGCUCAUUUUCAGGUUUUCCAUGUAUAUGUGUGCUAAUGUUUUCAGCUGCCAGUAGUCCAUUAUAGACUUUUGUGGGGAUAUGAUCAAAUUUCUUUUAGACAGAGUAUGACACAGAUUUAUUGGUAUUCAGGCUAAUUUGACAGGGUUUUAAAGCAGAGCUUCAACCAAAACUGGUUGUCCUGUGGAAGCCCCGACAGGCUUUAGUAGGGCUCUCUAAAUUCCCAUGGAGAAUGCAGAGCACACCAUUAGCAGAUUAUUGGGUAUAAAACUUUGCCCCACAUAAAGUAUUAGUUUUGCAUAGGACUCUACUUCAACUGUAAAGAGCUAGGUAUAAAAUAAGAAUUGAAUUUUAAAAUAUUGGUAGAUAGGAAAUUGUGUAUAAUCAAAGUGUUUAUGUAUCAUAUUUACUCAUGUAAAGUGUGUAUAUGAUGCUACGAUAUGUAUGGAAUAUUGGAGGGAGAAGAGAGCUUUGUGUUUUAUUAGAACUAAUUUACUGGAGACGAUAACAAUAAACCUGCUCUAUUCCUGCUUUUGUCAUGAAGUAAAACACUCAUCUUGUCAUGAACUGACCUAGUGAGAACGUUCAUUUGGUUUUCAUUUUAAUACGGACUUGUGUUGCGUUCAUUGCACUGUUCUCAGUUUUGCACAUCAUUUUGUGAUUGUUUAGUGGCUUUUGUUCACAGUGUAAAAUUUUAGGUUAUUGUUGGGAUAUUAAACAGAUUUUUUGUUACAGG